UUCCGUGUUUUUACUUCCGGUAGGCGUGGGUCAAAAAGCGAGGGAUUUCCCCGUCUCGCGGCCUGUCUUGUGAGUUGCGAACCGUGCAAUAACUGUCAUUUGUGAGGGGGUAACUCUUUCCAGACGGACGACGUGACGACUCGAGGCCAGGUGAGCCCAUCUUCCCCAUGGCGACGCUAAGAGAGCUACAGGAUUCUCUUCGACAAACUACUCGUCUGGGACUGCAGGUUCUGGAGCGGGCCUCCAGGCGGAAGGUGGACUGGAGCGAGCCCCCCCACACCUACACGCCCGUGGCCGAUGACGAUGGGGCGGUCUACAACAAGAAAACUAUGGCGGAGCUGCAGGAGGCCUUUUCUACCAUCGUAGAGUUCAUGGCGGAAACAAAUAUUCAUUGCAAAAGGUUCUACGACUCCGUGGGGUGCUCUCAAGGUCCCGACAUCGAGAAGAAACACGGGCCUCGCUUCCAUAGAUGCAUCGGGUCUAGAGCCGUCGGGGCGACCCGGAACAGGCGUUCUGCCCAGCGUGAGGGCGCACCAGAAGACUUCUACGUGGAAGUGUCCCCCGGAUUGUACACAAUCAGCGCCAGCCGGCCCGGAUCGCAGCAGCAAACCAAGAUGGUGGACCUCGAUGCUGGCGAUACGAAGCACGAAGCCAGCGGAAUCGAGAGCCGUGAUUUGACGUAGAAGCAGGGAGUGGGUUGAACCAAGUCCUGCCAUUGGGUGUAGAUGCAGGAAGAAAGUGCAAGUGAACACUGUGAUUGGUCGUAGAAGCAGGAAGCAAAGGCAACAGGGAGCUUGUUGUACCAAAGCUACGAUUGGACCAGGAAGCAGGGGUGCAAGUGGAACGAAGAGCUGUGAUCGGAUGUGGAAAGGAGGAUGUGACUUGAACUCAAAGCUGUUGUUGGUCUUUGAAGAAAGAAGUGAGAAUUGCGAUUGGGUUAGAAGCAGAUAGUUGGCGGAAUCAAGAGCUGUGAUUGGGUGAAGAAACAAAGCUAGAGUGAGGAGGCAGUGAACGGAAGCGGCGAUUGGAUUAGGAAGCAGGAAGGAAGUGAGAGGGUGAAGAAACAGGAAUUAAGUGAAAACCAGGGCACGAUUUAAUCUAGAUCCAGGAAGUAAGCGAAACCGAGACCCGCUCAAGGAUGUAGAAGUAAAAAGGGGGUGGAAUCCGAACAGCUGCGAUUUCGGGGGGUGGAACCAAGAUCUGCGAUUUGACGUGCAAGCAGGGAGCAGCCAAAAGUGACAUCUGUGAUUGGACGUUAGACCAGCGGUCUGGGAUUUAGAUGGUUUAGAAGCAGGAUGUGCCUUGACCCGAAAGCUCUGAUUGGUGAUCGAAGCAGGAAGUGGCUGGAACCUAAAAGCUGCACAAUGACCGCAAGCAGAAAGUGAUUAAAAUAGAUCUUACCCAUGAUGAUCAUAGAUAUUGUGAUGCAGAUGAUGAUGAUGAUGAUGAUGAUGAUGGUCAAUGUGCUAGACUGGCAGGGAUUAUGGAAUUUUAUGAAUAUUAUGUAAUAGCAAGUUUCAUUGUGAGAUAAGAUUGUGUAGCCUUGACUGAGCAUACGUAUUACAUAAGUGUGUGAAUGCAUUCAUACACUUUGUCGCUCUCUGUUGUCAUCUGUCUCCAUGGCGAUUCUGCAAUAACGUCAUGCCAAUUUAUAAAAAAAAAAAAAACAUCUCAGUUUUGAAUUUGCAAUGUCAAUUAGGUCCACAAUAAAACUGGCAAUGAGGGAAAAAUUAAAUAAAUAUUCAUUACAUUCAGGUGUCUAAUCUGGAGCUUGUAAAAAGCAAUACUGUACUUGAAAUACGUGAUUCAGAUUGUGCCAAAUUUACAUAAACUUUUCCGACUUUGGUCCGUAGUAAUUCCUAAUGCUGAAGAAAAUAUCCACCACUUAACCACUGCAUGGUGUCCUUUCAGUUACAUAAAUUGAUGUGCAUUACAAACUACAUAAUGUGAUUCUCCCAAAAGUACCGUAAUUCCCGGCCUACAGAGCGCACCUGGUUACAAGCCUCACCGAGUACAUGUGUAAAGGAAAUCACAUUUGGUACAUACAUAAGCCGCAGCUGUGUAAAAGCCGCAAGUGCCCCCAUUGAAACGGGAGAUAUUUACAAUGAAAGACUACAGAGAAU